CAAUUGAAGUCCUCUCCGGAUCUGGGAAGAAGAAAUCGAGAGUAUUGGAGUGCUGAUGGCGAUUCUGAUGAACCUGUACUUGGAACAGGAACUCGACAAGCAGUUCAAGCUCUUCCGCUUAUGGAAUUUCUCGCAGAAGAAGGAAUUCCUUAGGGAGAACGCCAACGCGAUCCACGCUGUCGCCCAAAACGCCUCUGUCGGGGCUGAUGCGAAGCUGAUUGACGCGCUCCCCAAGCUGGAGAUAGUCUCCAGUUUCAGCGUUAGCUUGGAUAAGAUCGACUUGGCCAAGUGCGGGGAGAAGGGAAUUCAGGUUACCAAUACCCCCGACGUGUUGACGGAGGACGUCGCCGACUUGGCAAUCGGGUUGAUACUAGUUGUGCUCCGAAGGAUUUGCGAGUGUGAUCGAUUUGUGAGGACAUGGUUGUGGAAGACGGGUGACUUCAAGUUGACUACCAAGUUUAGUGGCAAAACUGUUGGAAUUAUAGGGCUUCGAAGAAUUAGUUUAGCAGUUGCCAAGAGAGCAAAGGCUUUUGAUUGUUCAAUCUGCUAUCAUGCCAGAUCAGAGAAACAAUGGAGUUCUUCCUAUUGCUUCUCUGCGUCACAUAUACGGACGAAAAUGAGGGAGAAGAGAGCAAGCAGAUGAAAAGACUAUUUAGGCCCCUAAACUAACG